AUGAUCAAGAUCAUGAAGCUCUUUGCAAUGACAAUGGUGGUUACACUGCUUCUUCUUGCAUCUUGUCUCGCACAGGCUAGAACCGAGCCUUUUCAGUUCGAGUCUAAACCGAUCCAGUUCCCACCCGAGCCAGUUUCUCCGUCACCAAACCAGGAUGCAGAGGUCUUAGUGGAGCAGUUCCCAAUCCCAAUAAUUUGUACUCCCGCAUGCCCACCACCAAAAUUAUAA